AAGCAAUGGAAGACUGGGGAAGGUUACAGCAUGGCCUAUAUAUAAAGUUGAUCGAACUUGAAGUUAAGGAAGCAUAGACGAUAAAAUAAAGGAAAUUAAGUGAGGUAUACCAGAGAGGAUAGGAUUUCCUUUUCAUAGUAUUCUCCUAACAAGAGAAGAAGACAUUUUGAAAAAUGGGAAGAGGAAAGAUAGCAAUAACUAGGAUUGAGAACCGCACAGCCAGGCAAGUCACAUUUUCCAAACGCAGAGGAGGGCUUUUCAAGAAGACCCAUGAGCUCUCUGUGCUCUGUGAUGCUGAAAUAGGACUCAUCAUCUUCUCGAGCAAUGGGAAGCUUUAUGAAUUCUGCAAUGAGUCGUCCAGCAUACCACACAUCAUCAGAAGGUAUGAGAUUUCAAAAGGAAUGCGUGUUCUAGAAAGCAAUGACUGGGAACAAAUUCAGAAGGAAUCGAAAAGAAUCAGGAAAGAGACGGAUGAUCUUCAGUUGAGUGUUCGAUGCUACAAAGGCGAAAACCUGAGUUCCUUGCACCAUGAGGGUUUGGUCGAACUUGAAAAGCAGCUAGAGUGCUCGGUUAACAAGGUUCGAGCUCAGAAGCUUGAGCUUUUGCAACAGCAGGUGGACAAUCUGCGAAGAAAGGAGAAAAUGUUGGAGGAGGAAAAUCAACAAAUACAGUACCAUCUGCAUCAUGUUGCAAUGUUGGAGCAACAACAGGCAGCUGCAGCAAUGGUGAAGCCAAUGGAACAACAACGAAUGCUCGAGCAGUUUCAGUUUUCUGAUGAAGAUCAGCCAAUUAGUAGUCUACUUCAGCUUGCUCCACUCCCUCCACAGUUCCAGCCUUACCGUGUCCAGCCUACACAGCCUAACCUUCAAGAUUUCAGUCUCUCCAUCCCUGAUCCCUCCAACUAUAUAUGAUAGGUUCUGUAUUUGCAUGAAAAGAGGAAGUGGGCAGGAAAAAGUUAGGAUGCUAAGACGCACAUUAGCAUGGAGUUUAUCAUGAUAUAUAUUUUAUUUUUAAUUUCCAUAUUGAUUUUUUUUUUCUUUCUUUUGAGUGUGUGACCUUACUGUUAGUGAAACUUGAUUAAUUGGAAUCAAAAGCCUAGUUAUAUGCAAUUGUUAGCAA